AUGGUCGAACAAUCUGCAAUCAACAAGCUAAAGCAAGAUCUCUCUGCGAUUGACACCGGAUAUGGGCUGAUGUCGCUUACGUGGAGGGCUGAGCCCAUUCCAGAGACCCAGGCUCACGAAACUAUGAAAAGAGUCGUUGAAUUGGCUCAAUCUAAAGGCCAUAAGGCAUUUUUCAACUGUGGUGAGUUUUAUGGACCCAAUCGGAUCAAUCUGACCUACAUCAGGGAUUUUUUUGUCAAGAAUCCAGAAUUGAGGAAGUAUGUGAUCAUCAGUUGUAAGGGUGGUUGCGACUGUGAAACCCUUACUCCCAAGGGAAAACAUGACGAUGUUAUCAAAAGUGUGGAGGCAUCAGUUGCAGCCAUUGGUGGUUUUAUUGACAUCUUUGAAGUCGCUAGAUUGGAUUUGAGUCUAUGCACUAAUGGCGAAACAUACCCUUAUGAGUCCUUUGAAGCAUUGGCCGAGAUGGUUGACAAUGGUGCCAUCGGUGCCAUUAGUUUGAGUGAGGUCACUGCUGAGCAGAUCCGUGGAAUUUCCAAGGACUGGCACAAGUAUUUGGUCAGUGUGGAGGUUGAACUAUCGAUGUUCACCAAAGCGAUUUUGACCAAUGGUGUCGUUAAAGCAAAUAAUGACCUAAACUUGGUCACUAUUUUGUACUCUCCAUUGGGUAGAGGAUUGCUGACUGGUGCAGUUACUAGUAGUAAAGAUAUACCAGCUGGUGAUUUCAGAAACCUACUGAAGAGAUUUGAUGAUGAAAGUUUGAGACAAAACCUGACAUUACUUGACUUCUUAAGGGACGAAAUCAUCGCUAAGAGACCUGCAAAUAACGAGAUUACACUACCACAAGUAGCCCUUGGUUGGGACAAGUAUUGGAACAAGACAGGCGAGUACCCCAACACUCACUUUUUACCAAUCCCAAGUGGUUCCAGUGUAAAAAAACUCGAGGAGAACUUUGAUGAAGCCAAGACUCAAAUCACCGCUGAGGAGUUUAGAAAAAUCAAUGAUUUCUUGAAGAACUUCAAGACUGUAGGUGACGCUUACGAGAUGAGAUGA